CCCUGUUGGCUGUGCCCGGCGGCCCGCAGCACGGCCCAAGAUGGCGGCGCGCGCGCGGAGGGGCGGCCUGGCGGUGGCUCUCGUGGCCGGUGCCCUGCUCGCCCUGGGGCGGGCGGCGGCAGAGGGGGGCUCGGCGGCGGCGCCUCCGCACCGCCGGUUCGAGUACAAGUACAGCUUCAAGGGGCCGCACCUGGUGCAGGCGGACGGCACGGUGCCGUUCUGGGCGCAUACGGGCAAUGCAAUACCAAGUGCAGAUCAGAUUCGAAUAACAACUUCUUUGAAAAGCCAACGAGGAUCAGUGUGGACAAAAAACAAGUCAAUAUUUGAAUAUUGGGAAGUUGAAGUGACCUUUCGAGUUACAGGAAGAGGCCGCAUUGGAGCUGAUGGACUGGCAAUCUGGUUUACAGAAGAGCAAGGCAUGGAAGGUCCUGUUUUUGGGGCAGCUGAUAAGUGGAAUGGUGUUGGAAUCUUCUUUGAUUCCUUUGACAAUGACGGAAAGAAAAACAAUCCUGGAGUGAUUGUUGUAGGCAACAAUGGAAAUCUUCUGUAUGACCAUCAGAAUGAUGGUUCCACUCAAGCAUUGGCCUCCUGUCAGAGGGACUUCCGUAAUAAACCCUACCCUGUUCGAGCAAAAAUUACAUACUACCAAAAAACACUGACUGUAUUAAUUAACAAUGGAUUUACUCCGGAUAAGGAAGAUUUUGAAUUUUGUGCUAAAGUGGAAGAUAUGGUGUUGCCAUCACAAGGAUAUUUUGGAAUAUCUGCAGCAACAGGGGGACUUGCAGAUGACCACGAUGUCCUGUCUUUUCUGACUUUCCAGUUGACUGAGCCUGGGAAGGAAGUACCCACACCAGAUGCAGAAAUUCCUCAAAAAGAUAAAGAAAAAUAUCAAGAAGAGUUUGAACACUUUCAACAAGAAUUGGAUAAAAAGAAAGAAGAAUUUCAAAAGGAGCAUCCUGAUGUUCAAGGACAGCCAGCGGAUGAUCCUUUUGAAACUGUAAAUGAUCGUGAACUGAGGCAAAUCUUUGAAGGGCAGAAUCGAAUUCAUCUUGAAAUCAAGCAGCUAAAUAGACAAUUGGACAUGAUUCUGGAUGAGCAGAGAAGAUAUGUCUCUGCAGUCACAGAUGAGAUUGCUAAAAGAGGAGCUGGUGUUCCAGGUCAACAAGUACAGGUUUCCCAGCAAGAGAUUGAUACCGUUGUGAAAACUCAAGAAGAGGUCAUUAGACAAGUGAAUGAAAUGAGGAAUUCCAUGGCUGAUACUCUGAGGCUGAUCAGUGGAGCUCAACAUCCUGGUUCUGCUGCAGGAGUCUAUGAAGCAAGUCAACACUUCAGUGACAUCAAAGAACACCUCCACGUAGUAAAAAGGGACAUUGAGCAUUUAGUACAACGAAAUAUGCCAUCCAGUGAGAAAUCAAAGUGUCCAGACUUGCCACCGUUUCCAUCAUGCUUAUCUACAAUGCACUUCUUCAUAUUUGUAGCAGUGCAAACAGUGUUAUUCAUUGCUUAUAUCAUGUAUAGGAGUCAACAAGAAGCAGCAGCCAAAAAGUUCUUUUGAUGACCUCUUCCUUUUGUGUGUACAUAACAUCAGUAUGUAUGCACAGAAAAUCAUACAGCUCUGUGAAUGAGGGAAAACUUAGUGUUUGAUAUACUUCAAUAUUGUAAAUUAUUUAAUUUUGUUAAACCAUCUUCUCAUUUCAACUGUUAAUAUUAAAGUUAAAAAUGGACUGGGGAGCAGCAGAGCAAAUGCUAGGAAGGGGGGAAGGCUGCGGACCCUAUCUAGGGCUCUGUUCUCAAUGAGGUUUCUGAUAAAUACUGGAAGGUGUUUACUGUAUUCCUCUUUUGUUAAAAUUUCAGAGGAGGGAUUUAAAAUAAGCAUGUUUGGUGGCUGUUGAUAAUGGGAAUUUGUGAAUUGAUGAUUUGUGCAGAAAACUUGCCACUAAGUAUCCAUAUCAGAUUUAGAAAACAACAACACACACAAUUCCCCAAAACCCUCUAAAACCAAAAAUUUAAAUCAAAACAAAACUACACCUCUCUAUUGUGAGGGGAGGAAAACUUGUUAUAAACAUUUCAUUUCUUUCCUAUUUGGAUCUAAUGGCUUAAGAAUGAUUUUGGAAAUUCUAACUCCUUGUGAUAUACAGAUUCUAACUUUUCUUUAGUACAUGGAUGCAAAGACAGUCCUGCUAACUGUUAAGUUAGACUGCUGGUAUCUGGUAUAGAACAAACUAUACAAGAUAAGCAAACAAAGUCUUAUCUCCUUAUUUUGGGUACUGUUUUUAGGCAGUGAGCAAAAAAAAAACAAAAACAUCAUCAAGUAGUUUCUUCAGAUAUAUUUGGAUUGAUUUCUUUUUUGUAGUUUUAAGUCUGUCUGUAAUCUUGUUUGGAGACUUUUUGGAACUUUUUCAACAGAGAUGCCAUUGCUUUAUACCAUUUCCUAUCUGAUUUCAAGAUAUGUUGAAUUUGGAAAUAUGCCUUUACUGUUAUAAAGCUGUCUUGUAUCUAUCAUGUAUCAAAUACAGAUGCUUUGAUUUAAAUAUUGACAUGGCAAGUAUUCUAAACUACAAAUAUUGAAUGUUAACAACUUUCCUUGCAGACUGUUGCUUCAGAAAUGUUUGUUAGUCCAGCAGCUAUUGUAGAACCAGUAUUGUGUAUCAAUUCCUGGUUUAAUACCUAACGUGUAAGAUUGAACGUGUUUUUCUUUUGAUGUUGCUAAUCAGAUGAACAUUUGUUUCUGAAACGAAACAAAGCAGAAAGCCCAAAUUAGAAAUGUGAAAUUAAUUUGUUUUGACUUGUUUACAUAUCUGUGGUAACUUUGUCUUUAAGUUGUUUACGUGUAGAGUUAGAAUAGUUUUGUUUUUCUUCUAGUUCUAUAAAAUACACAAAUGUCUCUGGAUGUUUCUCUUUGAAUCACAAAUUUGACUGAAAACCUGCAAAAUUUGUCUGGAACCUAGUAUACUACUCCUGCAGUUCUCCAGUCUGUUCUUCUGGGAGUGCAAUGCGUGCUGCCAAAUUCACUGUUACGAAGAACACUUCUAGCAUUGUGCCUGACAAUUUGGAGAAAUGAUAAAUCUAUGCAAUACACUUUGUUACUGAAAAGGCAGUGCCCCAAAAGUGGGUGUCUGUGCUAUACCAGUAAAAUUAUACUACCUACACACCUGUUUACAUAGCUAUGCUGUGUAGCAUACUGGUAUAGCUUUAUAGAUUCAUUUCUGAAGUUGAGAUUUUGGUGUACUAAUUGGAGAAACUACUGCCUCAAGCUCAUGUUCCUGGAUAAGUAGGAUAAGUAAAUGAAAACCUUUUCAGAGAAUGCAGAGUAACACACAGGAAUUUAUCCAUUCAGUUCUAACACCAGCAAAUAUUUACAGGUGCCUUGAGUCCAAACUAUUACAACCCUGACUUUUUUCACUAAGCUUAAUAUAUUUUCUUAAAUUGUUCUGAAGAUAUACGUUGUUAUUCUUGUCAAUUGCUAGCUUUCUUGCAUCAGUGCAACACCUAAAUGAACUCCCUCUCUCAAAGCAGGCUUUGCAAGACCCUUUGUACAGAAAGGCUAAUGACUGUAUUCUAAUGAAUUAGGUGCAUAGGUCUGGUGUAAUGAGGAACAGCUCCAGUGUAUGUGUUGGAGGAAGCCUGUAUUUCUUGUUACUGUGAAUUUCUCCAAUUAUAACUGUUUCAAAGCUGGACGCCCCAUACUGUUGUGUGGUUUCUUGGGAAAAAGGGAGGGCUGGGACUGGGGGUUAGGGGCAAACUUGCAUCAACAGCUACAUCUCAUAUGGGGUUCAGCUUCUGUGUUUACCCUGCUAGUAUAUCUGACCUGUCUCCCAUGUGGGAACCAUUUGCAUUAGGGAGCAGAAGGUCUGAUGUGUAACAUCCUACAAGUGAUAACUUUGCUUCAUGCUUCAUUUCACAGUCAUUGCUCCCUGGAACAUCAGUAAUUGCUUCACAGCUCACUGGAUCAAAGGAAAACUCCCAAUUACACAGACCAAAUUUUGUUCUGGCUACUCUUGAAGUGCUAGCGACAAAUCUGGAUUUUAAGAAUUUUUGUCAGUUAAUGUAGCCUUUUGAUACGAAGUUUCUCUCAACACUGAUAACGUAUUUCAUUUUGUCAAGUAAGAUUUCAGGACUAAGAGAAGACAACUUUCAAUCCAAUUUGACAAUAUGACGGGAGAGCGAAUCUAAUACCAGUAUUUGAAGUGUGAAUGAUAAGUGGCAAAUACUUUGCUGUGACAAGGGUAUCUCAUUGUAUUAGAGUAUACUAAAUAAAUAGUCACACCUGAAUCUUUCAAGCAAAAUUCAGUAGUUCUAAAUUACCUAACUUCCUGUUUGAAGAAAAUCUGACAUUUAUCAUUGAUUGCAUCAAUUACUGUAACACCGAAGACUGUCUAGUUUGGUUUUUUGUUUGUUUGUUUGUUUUUGUUUUUUAAAAAAAGUGAACAGCUGACAUUUCCAUAUGUUUGUUUCUGAAUAAUGUAAAUUGGUGGUUGGAGUUUGGAAAUAACCUUAUUUGAAUAAAGAUGCAUAUUUUUAGUAAACUUCUUUCUUUUAA